UAAGAUGGAUUUAUUUCAUUAAUCCAUCUGAGAGAGAUUAAUAGAUUAUUUGAUGUUGCGAGGCAUGAAGCAUCCCUGUGAGACUGAGGAGAACAGCUGAGCAGAGGCGGCGGGAUCGAUCUUCUCCCUCUGAUCUGAAAAAUCAAGCGGCGAGGAAAGCGUCCACGUGGCACACCAGACCUGACUUAUGUGUGGGAAACGAUCUACAGCACCCCAAAGUGAUGAUGUCCAAUGGAGAAAAAAUAAAAUAAAAAAUAAGGAAUCCCUUCAACAGUUCUAAUUUUCAUUUCUCGCAUCUAUUCCUGUCAAUGUGAUCUGAGACAAACGCUAACAAGUGGUACUCUUCAGCGAUAACUCUCACUUUCACACAACGCAACCUAUCUCGCGAUUCCGUGCGCGCUUUUUCUGCUUCCGAGGCUCCGGCUCGGGAUGCCUCGCCGCUGAACCGGACCGGUUCGGCUCGGAGAGAUCUUCGGCUCGGAAACACGCAUUGCGGCGGUGAUGAGAGGGAGCUGCUGGAACCGUCGGACAGAGCAGCGCUUCCGCCAUCUCGCGAUCUCCACCGUUAAAUCAGUGAAGAUCAAGAUUCUGCUCUGUUGUUGCGUCGCCUUCACGCUUCUCGCCUUCUCCACAAGCGCCUCUUCCUUCAUCCUAUGGAACAAUCAAACGCCGCCUCCACCUCGCUUUCUCGAUUCCAGGAAAGGGUACUCUAUAGUAAUGAACACAUGGAAGAGAUAUGAUCUCCUAAAGCAGUCCAUCAAGCACUAUUCAUCAUGUCCUCGACUUGAAUCGGUACAUAUUGUGUGGAGUGAACCGGAUCCUCCUUCAGAUGUUCUUUUAAAAUAUCUGCACCACGUUGUAAAGUCCAAGUCUAAGGAUGGACGGCUUGUGAAAUUGAAGUUUGAUAUCAACAAGGAAGACAGUUUGAACAAUAGAUUUAAAGAAAUUAAGGAUUUAGAGACUGAUGCUGUCUUUUCUAUUGAUGACGAUGUCAUAUUCCCUUGCUCUUCGGUGGAAUUUGCAUUUGAUGUUUGGCAAAGUGCGCCUGAUACAAUGGUUGGAUUUGUACCUCGUGUCCACUGGAUGGAUUCACUGGAAGGUAAUAGCAACAAAUUUAUAUAUGGUGGAUGGUGGUCUGUGUGGUGGACGGGUACGUAUAGCAUGGUGCUUUCCAAGGCAGCUUUCUUUCACAAAAAGUAUUUCAAUAUCUACACUAAAGAGAUGCCAUCUUCAAUUAGAGAAUAUGUAACCAAGAACAGGAAUUGUGAAGAUAUUGCAAUGUCUUUCCUUGUUGCAAAUGCAACUGGUGCACCGCCGAUAUGGGUUAAAGGAAAAAUAUUUGAGAUUGGAUCAACUGGAAUUAGUAGUUUGGGAGGUCACAGUGAAAGAAGAACAGAGUGCGUCAACAAAUUUGCUGCUGUGUAUGGGGGGAUGCCCUUGGUAUCUACUUCAGUUAAGGCUGUUGAUAGCCGCAAUAUCUGGUUUUGGUGACGCUGGAAUUUUGAUUUUCUUUGCUUUUUUAGAAAUUCCACUACCGUUUAUUAGUAGCUAGUUCAGUUACUCCAUUCACGUUAGUCACAGCUGUAUAAUAUUGGAUCUUAUACACAAUUCAUGCAUUUUGCCGCUAAUUGAGCAAAUUCCUUAGGUUGAUUUCUUGUAUUAUUUAUAUGUAAUACAUGGCAGCAUCCUGUGGUUUUUUUUUUU